UCGCGGACACGCGCACUGGUAGCCCGGAAGCACCGAUGGGAGGAAAAUAAAAAUCGAUGAAAUCCGCUGUUUAUUCGCGAGGAUAAACCUUCACCUUCCUGUCCUUUUCGCGACGGUGGGCUCGAACCGAUCCGCCUGUUUCGCCCGAGAGAGCUUCAGGGUGAUUGAACGAAGUUGCUCGCUGCGGGUUUAGCGUUAGCUGACGUGUGGAGAAGUUGAGACUGCCAGGGGGCAGAUAAACAAACACAAACAAGCGGGGGAUCAGCUGAGCGCCUCUCCGAACCGAACCAGCCGCACGGGGGAGCGAUGGCAGGGAGAGAGGCUCUCCUAUUCCGGGCCCGAGAAUGAUCCGCGGGACACCGUGACUUUACGCUGAUACCACAGCUCCAUGUCAACUGUCAACACGGCCACACAAAAGAAUCUCCGAAGCACCGCACGAGGACCCGCCGUUGUGCAGAAAAGCCACUGCUCCUGACCCCGUAUGCUUGUCGAGCCACGCGCAGGCUAGCAUGGACGACCAAUGAGCGUGACGUUACCUUCCAGUUUUCACCCGUAACGAUACGAGUACGCGUCGCAGUGCAAGGAGACAGAGAGGUGGGAUCAACAUGGCUCACCAGGCAACCCCUAGUUCCCAGAAGGCCCUGAUGAUGGAGCUCAAGUCUCUGCAGGAGCAGCCGGUGGAGGGCUUCCGCAUCACUCUGGUUGAGGAGUCUGACCUCUACAACUGGGAAGUGGCCAUCUUCGGGCCCCCGAACACCCUUUAUGAGGGAGGCUACUUCAAGGCUCACAUCAAGUUUCCUGUGGACUACCCGUACUCCCCACCCACCUUCCGCUUCCUCACCAAGAUGUGGCACCCCAACAUUUAUGAGAACGGAGAUGUGUGCAUCUCCAUCCUGCACCCUCCUGUCGAUGACCCUCAGAGCGGGGAGCUGCCCUCUGAAAGAUGGAACCCCACCCAGAAUGUCAGGACUAUCCUGCUGAGUGUGAUCUCCCUGCUCAAUGAGCCCAACACCUUCUCCCCGGCCAACGUGGAUGCGUCCGUCAUGUUCCGCAAAUGGAGGGACAGCAAAGGCAAAGACAAGGAGUACGCAGAGAUUAUCAGGAAGCAGGUGAUGUCAACGGCGGCGGAGGCGGAGCGCGACGGCGUCAAGGUGCCGACCACGUUGGCGGAGUACUGCGUCCAGACCAGGGUCCCCUCCCAGGACAGCAGCUCGGACCUUCUCUACGACGACCUCUACGACGACGACAUGGAAGAGGAGGACGAGGAGGAGGACGAGAGCGAGAUGGAGUCGGUAGGCGAGGCCGGGGGUCUCAGCCCCACGGAGGACGGCGGGACGUCAACCAGGCGCUACGACAACCAGGACGACUCUGGCAACGAAGACUCAUGAUGAACUGGAUGAUAACUCCUCCCUGAACCCCACCCCACCACCACCCCCCCUACUUUUAUGUGUUGCGUUACAAUUUUCGCCGUGUGUGUAUGCACAUACAGCGGGGUCAAAAGUCAACUGCCAAAAAAAAAACCCUUGCAUCAUUUAUUAAACUACUACAAAUGGUCGUUCAAAUAAUAGUUGUAGUCAGAAUUUGUGUGUUUCCACCGUUUGCCUUAAUUACAGCUUGCACUCUGUCUGGCAUCAGGUGUCAUGAGAAAUUAUUCCAGCACAGUUUGAGAGCACCCCCCCCCCCCCAAUUGUUUUUCAGGUUACGUUAUAUUUCCCUUGUUUUAAAUGCAUGCCUCUGCAGAAGAGAGUGGUAUCAGUCUUUGGCCAGUGUGUGUGAUUAAUCAUGUGCAAGUUACUGAACACCCCCCCCCGCCCCCGCCCCCCCUGGGCGAGGCACAGCAUCCCCACACCUGAAUAUUUUUUUUUAAUUCCCUGUUCUCGCUCAUGCAACCAGCUCCUCUCGUGGAGUUGUUUGGUUGCAACCAUCACUUUGAGUUUAUUUUCUUGGUCGUCAAUUUUUCGUAUUGUUCGGUCCACCCUAAACCCUUCAGAUUUGUUUUGCCAUUAAAGAAGUAGUUUGUUAACUGCCACAAUUUGUCGGUCUUUUAACUGUAGUUUUGUCAGCUGCAGUAGGAAUUAGUUUUUCUUAGUUGGCUUUGCACCUUGGCUGCAGAUGCAUGAAACAGUUUGCUUUAAACCACACUGCCAUCUCCGGUUCCAUCUUGUCCUCUGGAUGAGAAGAUUCUCUAUUUUGUGAAAGGCUUUCCAGCCCUUAAAUACGAUCCAUUUGAGACUGACCGUGCUUUAAUGGUGGUAACAGUUUAUUCGUCAUUUAAAAAUCAUAACCCUUCACGUUGUAUGGGAACAUACAUGUAACAGGUAAACAUGCAAGUACUUGAAUCACUCACAUGCAUUUCCCAAAGAAUUAAAAAAGCAUACCAUUCCGUUAUACAUAACCUUGUGCAAAGUCAACAAAUUGUCUUAACCCUUGAUAAAUGAUGGAAACAAACUGUCCUGCCCUUUUUCUGACUAGUCGGCAUCAGAUUGUCUGGUUUUCUGUUUAAACAUUUUCGUUUCAUCUUGACUUUGCUUGUUGCUGCGUUAAAUGUACUUCUUUUGUUUCGUUGGUUGACAUUCUGUACUCCCCAACUUGUCCCCUGUUUGUUUUUUUUUCUGGGAGGGGGCUCUGACAGCCUGGCUGACGGACACUUUGCUGCUUGGCUCAUUAACCAGUCGAUGAGCUGGCCGGCUUGUCCUGUCAUUUUCCAUUUGUGUGUCUUCUGGCAGCAAAAUCUCUGCCCCUGACACGCCUGUCCGUUGGACUGAUGCAGUCAAACGCUCACGAGUGUCCAUCGCGGCUGCUCCCUCAUGAUCCCUCGAAGUACCCGUUCUGGUGUCGCCUCCUUAGACCUCUGCCUGCCUCUUAAACCUCAGGGCCUCAAUAGACUUUUGCUGAGAGAGAAGAAAAAAAACAGUCAAAGAGAAACUCGACGCACACAUACUGCUCCUCACUUCCACCUCCUUUUCGUAUAUAUUUACUUUCUCCCUAGGUGUUUGUAGAGGGCAGUGAGUGAGCUAAAAUUCUCAUAAGCCCACCGCCAGCGUAUUUACACAUGACUGAGUGUUGCUGUUGGUCUGCAUUAAGGUCCUUUAAGUUUAUUUGGUCUUCGUCCGCUUGAGUCCGAAUUUAAAGAAUCAGAAAACACCUCAAGAAAAAUGCUUAGCUUGCGAUAGAUGUGCAAAAUGUUCUGUUUUCAACCCAACUCAAGCUCGAAAGCUACUUUGGGAAAAUCGGACGCAGUUACUGAGUUUAUCGACGGGAACAAAAUCAACAUGCAGCCUAGUGACACAUUUGCAUUUAAAUGAAUGACACUGAUUGCCUGUUGUGUGUGUGUGUGGAUAUUUACAUUUUCUGCUCAUCUAUUGACUACAACGUCAGGGGUUUCUUGUUGUCUCUUUGGAACGGCUGCAGACCAGUGAGUUUGCCCAGAUGACCUUUUGGACUUUUUUUUCCCCAGCUGAGCACACAUUGUUUUCUGGUGCUGUUUUGGUGUAGACUGAGCUGGCAGACGGUUUGACUGAUAAGAAACACUGAGUAUUAAAUGUUGGGACAAACUGAACAUAAUGGGACUUAUUACUUUUGCGGCAUCAAGUAAACCCUUAGGGUUGUGCUUUUAUGGUUGAGGCAGGAAUCUGUUGCCCUUUUUGACACAACGGAUCACUGCGCAAACCUUUGAUUCAAAUGGAUGGAUUUUAUGCCACGGAAAGUACUGCCCCAGAAUUGUUCAUUUUCGAAGGCCAUGGUGCGAUGGCUGCAUGUGGUGGAUUCAAUGCUGCUUGAAUUAACUCUGUACGAGACACCUUUUUUUGGUUUUAAUGUGAAGCCUGAGGAGUGAAGAAUGUCCGCCUGGCCCAGUGCUUUGGAGGCCCACAGAGACUGGAUUCUGGUGUGGACGGGGAGAGGAAAUCCAUUCUUGUACCGGAUCUUAAAUGGAUUUAUAUCAAGGCACAACCGGAGGGCGAUGAAUGUCAGAAGCUCUGACCGUAUCUUGAUGGGGUUCCACAUUUUUUGCCCAUCCCUCACCAUACAGACAAGAACUAAAGUUAUAGAAAGGAAAUCUUCCAAUAUUAUGUAUCUGCUAAGGGACUAGUCUGACACAAAUACACUUUGUGUGUGGCAGAGAUCUAUAUCACUCUAAUGCGUUAAAAUAAAACUAUACAGACACUGUUUGGCUCAGCUUUGCACAAGGACAUGAAAUAGGGGAAACGGUUAGUUUGGCUCUGUCUACCUAUAUCUACCCGUAUCUUGUUCGUUCAAUCUGAGGCUGACCCUAAUCUGUGAUUCUACUCGACGAAGAUUUCCUUUGACAAUGAGUAUUUGCUUUUUUUUUGUGCUGAAAUGAUUUAUUUCCAGGAAACAUACGAGCACAUCUCCAGCGAACACGUGAUUGCAAGUGGUGCUUUUAUGUGAUUCUUCAACUAAUUGACUAUUCGGCUAAAAAUGUCUCCUGAUGACAACGGCACUGGUUUAAUCUAUACAAAACCCAUUGUGUUAAAAUGUAAACUUAGUAACUUCUCUGAGCCUGCACUGCGAAGAAAUAGUGGAUACUCCUCUUUUCUACAUGUCUGGACAGGAUGCAAUUUGAAAAGAAUUGUUGACUUUCCACUCAGGGUUUUGUACAGAUUAAAUAAACAAGAUGUAAAGUCUUAUUGAGUGAGUUUGAGACGUGCUGGGAGGACAAAUCCAGGCCAGCUGUUUCUUGUUUACAGGCAAAACAAUUGUCUCUAUCCCAAAAUGGCCCCCAUUCUUCUUUUUUGAUAUGAAGCUACAGCUGGUUAGCUUUACUUGAUGAACAGGUGAUACUUACCUAGCUCUUUCAAGCUCACUCAUGAAAAUGCAAUAUAUUUUUGGUUUUAAAGAAAAACAAUGAAGGGGAAAGGGUGUGGUUUUGCCAAAAGUUAUAUUCUUGAAAAGUUACUGUGGAUUGAGCGGUGCUAAGCGUUUCCUUUUGUCUUAGUGCUAAGCUAACCCGGCUGCUUGCAUUAGCUACACGCUUAACACAUGACAGUUAACUCUAGAAAGCAGAUUAGCUUAUUCUCUCAAAUAAAAUCAACUGCUUUAUUUGAACAAUGUCUUUCCAUCAUGAAUUUAGAAAUCUGCCUUUUUAGAAUUGAAAAGGAAGUUGAAGCGUAGUGUGUUGCCCUUGUCAGAGCACUUAAAUGAGUUAAAAUCUCUUCAAACUUAAAAUCCUAUUUUUACUUUAACAUUACACUUUAUACCUUAAACCUAGGAAAUGACCCACUUAAAAGGACUGCAGUCUACAAAUAUGAGAUAUUGAUGCAUACACACAGCUACACAUUAGAUCAUUUAGUUUAAUGUGGGGGUGGGAGCAUGUGUGUGCAAGAGUGUGUAUUUCUUUUCAAGUUUGGAUUUAAUUGCAUGGUCACACACUCAAUGGACUGACCAGAACACUGAUGUUAAUGCUGUCCUUGCAAUUUCUUUUCUUUGAUUUAUUGUAUUUUGACCCAUCAUUUUGUGUUUGUGGGGAUGCAAAUGUCACACAUAAAGUUUCUAUUGCAAAAAAAUAUACAUUGUCGGGUUUGUUUGCGGUACAGCUUUGAUAUCUUUUGCUAAGCCCACAGUGAGUUGAUUUUUGGAGUAGAAAUAGGAUUGAUAUGCAAGUGUUGAUAUACUGUUUUCUUUGGAUAACUUUGGAAAAUCAUUCAAAAUAAACCCGUAUAUCAUUGAA